AUGGCAAGCGAAGCAGUAGAGCCCCAGGCCGUCCAGGGCGCUGCAAGCGAUGAAGACAAGGAGAACAAGUUCCAGCAAGCGAUUGCUUCAUGGCGGAGUAUCUUCUUCCUUCCUAUUGUUCUUCUCAUACACUCGAUACUAAUACCUGCAUANGAUGUUGAUCUCACCUCCCUCAUUUCCACACUCGACACAGCUGCCUCAGACCUCGUCACACACCAACGCGACACACUGGUUCAGCGCAAAGAGCUCGCCCAAAAGACCAAAGACUUUCGCAAACUCGAAGAUGCCGCAAAGUUGGGCGAGAUCAAAGCACUGCUCAAGUCUUACCAGUCCUUUAUCGACCUUAUCUCCAACCAGUCCAAGUCAACCCAAUCCGCCUUUCUUCAAAUCUACUCGCCGCUGUCUGAAGCCCCCGAUCCGUACCCCCUGCUCGAAGCCUCAAUAGACUCGUUCGUUACCGCUCAAGAAGUGGUUCCCAAGCUUGAGUCUGAGAAUAAGCACCUCCAAGCCACCGUCGCCAAGUUGACAACACAACUCGAAGCAACGGAAUCCCAACUANNGAACAAGAGCGCUCUGCCAGACAAUCUUCACAAUCAAGUCAAGACACCAAGAUCAAGGGAAGUCAAGGCAUCUUGGAAUGCCGUUCUGAAAGAGAAGCAAGACAAUUGGGAUGCCCGAGAGAAGAGCUUGGAAGAAAAAGUUGAGAACCAAGACCGUCUGUUGAAGGAGCUCAAGGCUAGCUACGAUGUCGCUCACCGCCUAGGCAAGGCUGAAGAUGACACAUCAGACUCUGUACAAGGCGCAUCACAGCAGGAGCUUGAUCUGGUCAACCAAGAACUCGAAAAGGCAAACCUACGCUUGUCUGAGCUCGAGAGUCGCAACGAGCAACUGCGCCUCGAGCUCGCCCAGUCUACCGCACAUCAGAGCUCGUCUCAAACCGCCGUCUCGGUCGAAGACGAUCCUGCCUUCCUCCGUCUCCGCUCCGAAAACUCUCAGCUCCUACGAAAGCUCGAUGCACAGCGCUACGAGAAGGAUUCAGACAAGACGAAAUGGGACUCAAGUGUCAGAUCCCUCGAGAGGGAACUGGAAUCUCUCAAACAGGACCGUGAAAGCACCAAGCGCAAGUUGGACAAGUGCAGCGAUUAUGAUGAGGUCAAGCAAGAGUUGGACAUGCUCAAGGUAUGUUGCGAGGAUACAGUACGCAAAGUGCAUUGCUGA